AUGCCUCUCGGUAUUCUAGACGACGAUAAGCUGGAACAUAUCCCAGGAACAGCACCCCUCAAUGGUCUUAGCAACACCAAUGUUUAUGCCGGGGUUGAUCCUGGCCUCCUGAAGCAUGAUCCCACUGGUCAAAUUGUUUUGGUUCCCCAGCCAUCCGAGUCGCCAAACGAUCCAUACAAUUGGCCUCGAAGGAAGAAAGAACUCUUCACCCUCACCUUUGCAUGGGGUUGCGGGUGUGUGGGAGCUGUCGGUCCGCUGCUCGGAGGAGCAUUCGUCCCUCUCGCCAAGGAGUUCGGAGUCUCGUUGUCGACAUUCGUAUCCGCCGUCCAAGGUGGCACAAUUGCCGCCAUUGCAGUGGGAAGUUUGAUCUUCAACUCUUUGGCAGUGAAAUAUGGAAAGCGUCCCGUUUAUCUUGGAACAACAGUUGGUUUGAUGGUGUCGUGCUUUUGGGCGGCCGAGGCGGGCGGUUUCCAUUCCUUCGUUGCUGCUCGGGUCGUGUGUGGACUUUGCAUGGCGCCUAUGGAGGCUUUGGUUCCGGCUUCUAUUGCUGAUAUAUGGUUCGUGCAUGAGCGUGGAUUCCGCACGGCUAUCUUCAACCUCGGUGUUCUCGGUGGAAUUAAUCUUGCUGUGCCAAUUGCUGCCGCAAUUAUCGAAUUCUGUAACUAUCGAAUCGCUCUACACGCAAUGGGCGGUGCCUUUGCACUAGCACUCAUCAUGAUCUUCUUCUGGAUGCCCGAAUCAGCGUAUAACCGACAAGCAUUGAACAUCGACACUGGCGACACAAACGUGAUUAUCCCUUCUUUCCAACUAAAGCUCCCUAUCCAUUGUACUGACAUAUCCCAGAUCGUGGUGGAAGGAAAAGGAACUAUGGAACAACUCGAACACUCCCCCAGCGCUGGAAUCCAGCCGUCCGAGCCACGAAUCUCAUAUAAACAAGAGCUUCUUCCGUACAGUGGCUAUGUCAAUCAUGUCUCGUUCUGGAAUACUAUCAUUCGGCCAUUCUAUCUGAUCGCAUCGCCUCCUGUUCUCUGGGCGGUCCUUCUCUUCACCACUUGCAUCUCGUGGCUGGUCGGUAUUUCUCUUACUCUGUCGCAGAUUUUCUCGGCGCCGCCAUACAAUUUUUCGGUCGUGGGUGUUGGUGCGACGAAUUUGUCUUCUUUCGUUGCUUCGGUUCUUGGUACUCUUACCGCUGGUUCUUUGAUUGAUGGAUUGGUAACUCGAAUGUCAAAGAUGAACGGGGGUGUCUUCGAACCUGAAUUCCGUCUGCCAAUCAUGGUUACCUAUCUCUUGUUCACUUCUACCGGCUUCUUCGCAUGGGGCCAAUCCUCGUAUGCGCAGGACCCGUGGCCCGUCCCCGUGAUUGUGUGCUUGGGCUUGAUCAAUUUCGGUGUCCAGCUGGGCACUACGGGUGUUGUCACAUACGUUGUUGACUGCCAUCGCGAGAAGGCUGGUGAAGCCUUUGCUGCAAUGAACUUUAUCAAGAACCUUUUCGCGUUCGGGCUGUCGUUCUAUAUCAAUGAUUGGAUUGAUCAGCAAGGUGUUCGUGACUGCUUCUUCACUAUUGGUGGAAUUACGAUGGGUGUUACCCUCUUCACUAUUCCUAUGUACAUCUUUGGAAAGCGGGCUCGAAGCUGGGUGCAUAGACACGGAAUUGCGGAUCGCCUGUAG